CAACUUUAUUUUCUUCAUAUUCUCACACAAACAGAAAAUUGCAAACCCUAACUUUCUAAAUUUCCUCCCAAUUCCAAGCCCGCAAUUCUCAACCCUACAGGCUGGAAAUCUCCAAUUGAAGCCAAAACACAGAGGAUCUAGGGCGGUAUUUCACGUGAAUUGAUCGAAUUUCGCAAAAUUUCAAGCAAGGUUUUGACAUGCUAGUAGGCAUCAUGAGAUUCAAGAAGGGAAGCAAAGUGGAGGUACUUAGCCAAAAGGAGGUGCCUGGGGGAGCAUGGCGCUGUGCUGUGAUUGUCUCUGGUAAUGGGCACACAUAUAGUGUUAGCUAUGAUUGGUCUGGCAAGGACAGUCAGGCAGUUGUGCAUGGAGUCUCAAGGAAGGAUAUUAGGCCUUGCCCUCUGCCUGUUCAAAGAGUGGAGAGUUGGGCAGUUGGUGAUGUUGCGGAGGUGUUUGAUGUUGGUUUCUGGAAAAUGGCCACGGUGAUAAGGGUCUUGGAUGAAAAUUAUUACUUGGCUAGGAUACUUGGAUCUUUUGAGGAGUUAAGAGUCCACAAAUAUAGGAUCAGGGCACGCCAAUUAUGGAAGGAUGACAAAUGGUUUGUGAUCGGAAAGGGUCCAGACAAUCGGAUGAGCUCACAAGCCCCCCAAAUGAAAGCAAAAAUAAAGCUACCCGCCAGGAAUGAUUGUUUACCUCCUCUGUACAACAUCAGCUGUCAGGAUUCCCAUAGUGUUUCAUCUGGAUCUUUGAAGAAAGCUUAUCCAUAUAGCUCUUCUAUUGAGGGAUAUUCUCGAAAGAUGAGGGCAAUUGAGAAGGGGUGUGAGCGUCAACGCGUUUUUUCUGGGUCCCCGUCUUACUUGCUCAAAACGGUGGAUGCUGUUGCUAACCCGCGAGAAAAUCUGGUGGAAGAAUACAUGCAUACAUCCUUUGUUAAUCGCACAACUGGAUGUGUUGAAAAGGAGAGGAAAGAGUUAAAUGGUGUUAUUUCUUGUUUUGUUGAAAGAAGCUCAGAACUUAAUGAUAGCGAUAGUGAUGCAUGCUCUGUUGGUAGUUGUAGUGUUAUCAGUAGCAGUUCAAAUAAGUUGUCUGGUCACAAUUUAGCAGGUACUAGUCAAGAUGUAGAUACCCUUUCUAGUGAUGCAGAGUCCUUUUGUUGCUGUGAAGAUGCGCAAGAAAAAUUUUCCCUUCCUCUAAAAGAGGAUGUAGCAGCAGGAAUCCAUAGGUUAGAGUUGAAUGCUUAUCGCAGUACUCUGGUGGCAAUGCAUGCUUCUGGGUCCUUAAGCUGGGAACAAGAAGCGUUGUUGACAAAUCUCCGUAUUUCACUUCACAUUUCAAAUGAUGAACAUUUGAUGGAAGGCCAAGGUUGGAGCCUUGCUUGGCUUGCCUUGCUUCCAAAGGCCUAGAUGAUGCUGGGAUUUAUCAUCUUAGCGUGUACAGUGGGACUAUCUAUUUCCAAUUUUCUUGGUGUAUGACUAUGUCACUAGUAAGUGGUACAAUGGUUUCCUCUGUUUUUUCGAGGUGGUUCAUUUUGGCUCUGCUGGGAACUGGAACACAUCUUGUACAAAGCAGAACAUGAACUUUGAAAGGUUCCCAGUUUGCUUGAUACAGUUUACCUGAUCUUUUGCUCUAUGAUAUAUCUCUAUAUUUUCUAUCAUUUUUUCAUUUUUACUGUUGAAAUAUAGGACGUAUUAUAUUGCUUGAGAUAAAAAGCUAUGUUAGUUUAGCACUAUCUCCAUGCAGUAUUUGAACUUGCCCGGUAAAUUUUCUGUUUUUUUUGUUUUUUUUUGUUUUAUCUUAUUGAACUCUGGAACGUUUUACAUGAUCCAUAUCCAUCUGUUUAUUCAAUACUCCUUAUCCAUCAGUACUUUGUGCAUUAGUAUGACAACCUAAAUGGCUUCGAAUUUACUGUAUAAACCCCUUUUUGGCAUGCAUUUAUUUCCAUAUUAGUGUAUGUACUUUGAUGAUAGUAAUCUGAAGGCAUUGAUGUUUCUGUUUUGAUUAUGAUAUGAAAUUAUUAUGUGAUAUAUUUCUGUUGCUAUUAAUUGAAGCUUUUGAUGGUAUGCUAUUUU